GAGUAGAGCAUAUAUAUAUACUUACUCGCCGGAAAUAUACACUUAUAUAUAUAUUUACGUAUGGAAUUGCUUAUAAACGAUAGAGGAGGGUCGUGAAAGGUAUAGGAAUACUUCCCAAUAAAUUCCAGACCGAUUCGUAAUCACCGGAGCAUCCUAGAGCUCGCCGGAGUUGCAAGUCGUGGAAGCGGGUCUUCAGCAAAAGAGGAUAGUUUGCUACAGAUAGGGGUGGCGGAGCUUCGUCUCGCCGUCAGGAUCAUUUUGCAAUUUGAAUCGUCGAAAUCCGUUACCUAAGGAGAAUUCAAGUGAAGACCAAGCUAGAGAUUUUAUUAAGAGGAUUAUCGCAAUUUAAGAUAUCAUGGCACCGAGAAGAGACCCUGAUAAUACACCCACCAAUGCUGAGCUGGCACAAAGCGUCCAACAACUGGCGUAGUUCAUGCACACAUUGGGUGCUACCGUACUCCAGAAUCACCAAAAUCAGAACAAUGGAAAUGAUGCUGCUAAACGAGUAGCAUCUCGCAACCCACCGAGUUUUCAUGGGCAAGAAGAUCCUCGUAUCCUCGAGGAUUGGAUCCGACUCUUUGACAAACUCUUUGACGCGGUGAACUGUCCGGAAGAGCAAAAAGUUGACAUUGCUGUUAAUUACUUACAAAAAGAGGGGGAUAACUGGUGGGUCUCAUCAGGCCCAGCUCUACGUCAACAACCCAAUUUCAAUUGGGAAGCUUUCAAGAUUGCCAUGAGGAAACGUUUUUAUCCUGCUCACGUCCAGGCCACCAUGCAUGAGGAAUUCAUACAUUUGAAACAACUAGACAUGAGUGUCCAGGAAUAUCACACUAAAUUCUUGGACCUCGCGCCAUUUGCAAAGACAAUAGUGCCUGAUGAGAGCACCAAAGUCGAGAAGUUUAUUCGUGGAUUAAACUUUGAUACACAAAAAACCGUCGCUGUUUUGGGUUGCCAAACUCUGACGGAUGCCUAUGAUAGAGCUGCAGUUCACUAUCCUGUUCAGCAGUUACAAAGAGAGAGAAACCAGAAAAUGAAGAGGUACGGAGAUGAGGAGAGAGGUCGGGGAGAAAAGAGGUUUAGGGCGAACCCACCUACACAACAACAAGAACGGAGGGAGAGGAGAGAUGACCAAAGCGGAAGAAAUUUCCGUGGUCAAAACCAGCAAAAUGAUCGGAGAGCUGCUCCUAGAGAUAGGCACUUCUACUGCAAGAAGUGCGGGAGAGAUCACCCCGCGGUUAACUGCGAUGGGAGCCUAACCAAAUGUUUCAAUUGCGGGAAGCUAGGGCACCGAUCCUUCGAGUGUCUGUCAAAGACCAAUGGGACACCAUUGAACCAGGUGCAAUAUCAUGAUGGAAACCGAACCGGGCCUAAUGGCGGGCAAAACAACAACAAUGUCGUCGCCAUCAACAACAACCGCAACCCUCGAGGAGGAGGGGAGAAUAAUCGCGGUCACGGUAAUGGAGGUAACCAAGGAAAUGGCGGGAACAAUGGCAAUGGCGGAAAUAACGACAACCGUCCGAACCAAGGGCGAAUCAUGGUAAUGAACCAAGCCCAAGCCAAUGCCAAUGAUGUGGUCUCAGAAGGAGAAUUCAAGUGAAGACCAAGCUAGAGAUUUUAUUAAGAGGAUUAUCGCAAUUUAAGAUGAUUAUGAUUAUGAAGAUUGAUGUACUUGUUGCCCGAGUGUUCCGCUAGUUGCACACGUUUGAUUAAUUAUCGUUGUUUAAAUUUGUAAUUCAUAAACUUUGUCCUAAGACCCAUUUCAUUGUUAUUUGAACUUAUGGUGGAUAGCCUGUGCACUCAAUCAUGUAUAGGUUGAGUGUGGCGGUGACGCACCUGUUUUUCCCUUAAAGACUUCCGCUGUAUUCUAAAUAUGUUUAAUAAUAAAGAUGGUUUCAUUUAAAA